AUGGGCUCGCUGAGCAGCCACCACCCCGGGCGGGCGCGGGCGGCGGCGGCGGCGGAGGCGGCGUCGGGCCGGAGAGCCGAAGCGGGCGGCGGCGGCGGCGGGGACUCGGCCGGGCCGGGCUUGUGCUACUGCCCGGGCAGCCGCAAGCGCUCGCGGAGCGGCGGCGGCUUCUGCUACUGCCACCCCGACUCGGACAGCGACGACGACGACGCCGGCGACGAGGGCGACGAGCAGCAGCGGCUGCUCAACACCCCCAGGAGGAAAAAAUUAAAGAGUACAUCCAAAUAUAUUUAUCAGACAUUAUUUUUGAAUGGAGAAAAUAGUGAUAUUAAGAUAUGUGCUCUAGGAGAAGAAUGGAGUUUACACAAAAUAUAUUUAUGUCAAUCUGGCUACUUUUCUAGUAUGUUCAGUGGUUCAUGGAAAGAAUCUAGCAUGAAUAUUAUUGAACUGGAGAUUCCUGACCAGAAUAUAGAUAUAGAAGCCUUGCAGGUUGCAUUUGGUUCAUUGUAUCGAGAUGAUGUCUUAAUAAAGCCCAGUCGUGUUGUUGCCAUUUUGGCAGCAGCUUCUAUGCUGCAGUUGGAUGGUCUAAUUCAGCAGUGUGGCGAGACGAUGAAGGAAACCAUCAGUGUGAAGACUGUAUGUAGCUAUUACACGUCAGCAGGGACCUAUGGAUUAGAAUCUGUAAAGAAAAAGUGUCUUGAAUGGCUAUUAAACAAUUUGAUGACACACCAAAAUGUUGAACUUUUUAAAGAACUCAGUAUAAAUGUCAUGAAGCAGCUCAUUGGAUCUUCUAACUUAUUUGUGAUGCAAGUGGAGAUGGAUGUAUAUACAGUUCUUAAAAAGUGGAUGUUCCUUCAACUUGUGCCUUCUUGGAAUGGAUCUUUAAAACAGCUUUUAACUGAAACAGAUGUUUGGUUUUCUAAGAGGAGAAAAGAUCUUGAAGGUCUGACCUUUCUUGAAACUGAGCAAGGAAAACCAUUUGUGUCAGUAUUCAAACAUUUAAGGUUACAGUACAUCAUCAGUGAUUUGGCUUCUGCAAAAAUUAUUGAGCAGGAUUCUCUGGUACCUUCAGAAUGGCUGUCUUCUGUGUAUAAACAGCAGUGGCUUGCUAUGCUCCGGGCAGAACAAGACAGUGAGGUGGGGCCUCAAGAAAUCAAUAAAGAAGAACUAGAGGGAAACAGCAUGCGGUGUGGUAGAAAGCUUGCCAAAGAUGGUGAAUACUGUUGGCGGUGGACAGGUUUUAACUUCGGCUUUGACCUGCUUGUCACUUACACCAAUCGGUACAUCAUUUUCAAACGCAACACACUGAAUCAGCCUUGUAGUGGAUCUGUCAGUUUACAACCUCGAAGGAGCAUAGCAUUUAGAUUACGGUUGGCCUCUUUUGAUAGUUGUGGAAAACUAAUAUGUAGUAGAACAACUGGCUAUCAAAUACUUACACUUGAAAAGGAUCAGGAACAAGUAGUGAUGAACGUGGACAGCAGGCUUCUGAUCUUCCCUUUAUAUAUCUGCUGUAACUUCUUAUAUAUAUCACCAGAGAAAAGAACUGAAAAUAACCAACAUCCUGAAAAUCCAGAAAAUUGAGGUUCUCAUCCAUGGGAAAUAGUAGCACUUUGAAAUGAUUUUGGUUGCAGCUUCCAUUUAAUGACCCUACUGAUGUUCACAUUCAAGGUGACUAACGAUGACAAAGGCCUUAUGAACUCUACAGAUAAUACAGAGACUAUUGUUAUUCUCAUUAUAUUUCUAUGCAUAUAUGGAAAAAAAACAUUUUAAAGCCAAGAAAAUAUUGGUGAAAUCAUUUUUCUUUAUAACGAUGUCAACUUGUGUUUUUUAAUUUAGUGUCAGUAGAAAAAUUGCCGUAGAUAAAUUUCUUAUUUCUAUGGAACCAAAUAUAGAUUUACUUUUUAGCUCAAACUUCGAUCAUUCUACCUAGUAUUAGUAAACCUCAGAUACAUAUCUGUGAAUUUGUUUUAGCUGUAAGAAGCUGAAGGAAUAAUUCAAGUGACCAAUUAUAAAUCUUCUUUCAGUUGGUGCAGUUAAAAACUAUCCUUUAACUUUUUUUUAGCUUUUCUUUGAUUCUUCCUCUAUUCUACUAUCUAAUAUCCUCUAUUCUAAUAUUUAAAAAUAAUAGUUUUACUUUAAAAAGUUGCUAAUUUCUACAUUGUUUUGGAGAAUUCGAUGAGAAACUUUAAUUCAAUUUUUCUUUUUAAUUUUGAUUUUAGUUUAACUUUCUAAAGAAUUUAACAACAAAAAAAAAUCGGCUUCAGAAUUUCAAGUGAACUUGAAUGUGGGAGAAAAAAGGUUUAAUUCUGAGGAUAUUCCUUUGCCUUACUUGAUCUUUUCUUUGACAUUCUGUGAAACUUCCUUAUAUUGGUUUAUUUUUGUACCAAAUAUUAUACUUUAAAAACUUUCAUAUUCUAGGAUCUUUAGAAUUAUUUAUGUUCAGAUUUUAAUUAGCAAUCUUAACCCCUACUUAAACUCAGGACUUUAUAACCUCUGAAUUGAGUGCCUUUGAGUUACACAUAAUAAAAAUUUCAUAGUCAAUGUAAAUAAGGUUGAAGGAGCUCAUUUAAAAGCUGACAAUAAGCAUUACGGUAAAAAUAGAACUUAUUUUUUUCAAAAUUGAGGUGUACGUUUGUCAUGAUUUAUAUAUGUUGACUGCUUAUGUUUAUUGCUACUAUGAAAAUAGUAGUGCUCAUCAUUAUUUUCAGUCAUAGUAAGUUCUGUGUGGUUAAUGUACAUUUUUUAGUAUGUUUUUUAAAGAUGGGAAUCAUUUUUGUGUGUCUGUACAAAUACCCAUUUGGAAAAUAAUAAAUUCUUAUAUAAAGUGAAAAAGAAUCUCAGUUGAUAGCAGAUUUUUUUCUAUCUAGUUACUUUUUUCUAGUGACAUUUAACUCUUGGAAUUUAUUAGUGCUUUUUCUUCUCUGGAAUAUGUCCAGAAGGUCAUCAGUUGUCCUUUCAAAAUUUAUCCUCUGGGCAAACUUUUAGUUGCAUCUCCCUCUUCUAGUCCCUAAACUAUAGUUUCGAUGUUCUGAAUAUAAUAAUUUAACUGUAUCAAGAGAUUUCAUUUCUUUUUAUAAUUGGCUGUAAUUGUCUCCUUUUUUAUUUGUUUAUAUGGAGGGCCACACCCAACCAUGCUCAGGGCUUACUUCUGGCUCUACCCUCAGGGAUCAUUCUUGGGACUUGGAGGACUGUAUGUGAUGUCAGAAAUUGAAUAAGGCAAGUGCAUUAUUGCUCCAGAUCCCUGAUUGUAAGACUUUAAACAGAUACUUAUAGUAUCAAAGGUUCUUUACCCUUUAUAUGUGGAAAACUGUAGUUAGGUAUAUGUAUAUGUAUGUAUAUAUAUAUAUAUAUAUACACAGAGGCAUAUGUAAUUAGAAAUGAUGAAUUUCUUCAAUUUUUACAAACAUUGGGAGUAAUUAUUAAGGUUUGAAUAUAUUUGUGAGUAAAAAGAUAUUUCAUUUUACUUUAUAUAAAUGAACCAAAUUGGAAUUACAUAUGGUUCCUAUUUAUUGAUUCUUUCUUGACCAAAUUGCAUGUUAUCUACAAAUAAUAUGUCUUCCAUGUUCUUGACAAAUUGGUAAUUCUUCAAUUAGUAGUGAAGAUCUGCUUUUUUUCUAACCAAAUACUUUAAGUUUUGUUCUUUUCAAUAGAAAUGAUUUCAAUAAAGGAUUAAAAGGUUUCACCUGGA